AUGUCUGGCUGGGGUACCGACGACGCCUGGGGCACCAACGACACCUCUGGAGGUGCUGGAGAUUGUGGCGACCCCUGGAACAACCCCUCUGGAGGCGAUGGCGAUGAGGGUGGCGGCGGCCAGCGCGGCGCCUGCUUCAACUGCGGUCAGGAUGGCCACAACAAGGCCGAUUGCCCCGAGCCUGCCAAGCCUUUCGAUGGCGAGUGCAAGGGCUGCGGUCAGCAGGGCCACAUGCGUCGUGACUGCCCUGACGCUCCCCCCAUGGCUUGCAGAAGCUGCGGCGAGGAGGGCCACAUCCGCAAGGACUGCCCCAACAAGCCUCCCGAAGUUUGCCGCAACUGCCACGAGGAGGGUCACCUCGUCGUCAACUGCGAGAACCCUCGCAAGAUUGACCUCAGUAAGAUCGAGGAUGUCGACGCUGAUGUGGCCUGGAACCAGAUCAUCGAAGCAGCUGACGAGCGCGAUGGUGUUGAGGCCAAGGAGGCCAUUCAGAAGUACCUCAAGCAUUUCCCUGAGAUGACUUAUGUCAUCCUUGAGGAGGCUUUCCGUGGCCAGGAGAUGGGCAUCUACCUCAUCGCUACCGAGCGUGCUCUUGCUCCUACUCACACUAACAUGGACCUUCAGGGCAACCUGGGCAAGAAGUUCACUGUCCAAUACCGCUUCUCUUCCCAGCCUGACCGUGCCCGUGAGAAGGCCGGAUGGCCUGCUUCUGCCGAGGAGAACAUGGCGCGUCUUGCCGAUGCUGGUGAGCCCGUCUCUCGCCUCAUGCAGAAGUGCAACAACUGCGAUGAGCUCGGCCACACCGCCAAGGCUUGUCCCCAGGAUCCCAACGAGAAGGUUCGCGUCACUAUCACUUGCUACAACUGUGGCGAGGAGGGUCACCGCGUCCGCGACUGCCCUACCCCUCGUGUCGACAAGUUCGCUUGCAAAAACUGCGGUCAAUCUGGCCACAAGGUCUCCGAGUGCACUGAGCCUCGCAGUGCCGAGGGCGUCGAGUGCAACAAGUGCAAUGAGAUGGGCCACUUCGGCCGUGACUGUCACACCGCCGGUGGUGGUGGUCGCUCUUGCCACAACUGCGGCCAGGAAGGCCACAUCUCCAAGGAGUGCACCGAGCCUCGCAAGCUCAAGUGCCGCAACUGCGAUGAAGAGGGCCACCACUCCCGUGACUGCGACAAGCCUCAGGAUGUCACCCGCAUCAAGUGCAUGAACUGCGGCGAGAUGGGUCACAAGAAGUACAAGUGCCCUAACCCCCCUGCCGAGGACGUUGACGGCUUCGGCGAUGGCGGUGGUGGAGGUGGUGACUUCGGCGCCUCCAACGACACUGGCGCUGAUGCCUGGGGCAGUGGUGACAACACCGCCCCCCAGGACACUGGCGGCUGGUAG